AUGCUAGCAAGAAACACUAGAAACACUGAAAGAAACACAAAUGUUAUCAUGCGUUUUACACCAGUAAGAAAUGGAAGAAUUCAACGAGAUCCGAAUCGUUUGCGUCGAAAUAGACAAAAUCGAAAUCAACAAAGUCAACAAAAUCGGCAGAAUCAAAAUCAGAAUCUGCAGAAUCAAAAUCAAAAUCGACAAAUUCUGCAGAUUCAAAAUCGGCAAAAUCAAAAUCAGAAUCGAAUUCAACAACCCCCAUCUCCUACUCCCUCACAUCCCUCACAACAAAUUCAACAAAGUAUAAUACAUGACUUGCCAAACUUAAUCGAGGCGCAGGAUUCUAAUAUAAUCUUUCAAAAAACACCAGAAUACUUUUCAAGUAUUGAGGGAGACAUAUUUAGCGGGUUUAGCUGA